GGAGGAAGGGAUGGAGGGCGGGAUGGAGGAAGAAAUGUGGAAGAAGGACAGGAAAGCCUUGGACGUCGGGGCUUCGCCGGGGGGGUGGACGCAAUACCUCAGUGAUAAACUGUCUCAGGUCGUCGCUGUGGACGGGGCGAGCCUUCAUCCUUCCCUCCUCCCCUCCCUCUCCAAUGUCCGCCACGUCCCGUACCGGAUCCAAGCGGAGGAAGCGACGGAGGUCUUGAAGGAGGAAGGGCCCUUCCAUUUGGUCUGUGUGGACAUCAACCUCUUCCCGCAGGGGGCGGCGGAUCUCAUCCUUCAACAUGUCUUCCCGCACGUGGCCCACCACGCCCUCGUAAUUCUCACUCUGAAGUUUCCACGGAAGCCCACUGGUGCACGGUAG